GCAUCCAACAGCCAAGCUAAAGCCAAGUUCAAGAAGAAACUUGCUUUCUUAUUUCUUCUCAAAAACGAGUCUCAAGAAGCAUGGUUCUCCUCAGGAUCUCCGCUUUCCUUGUGGUUUACGCUGUUUUCACAUGUCAGAUAAGCGGCUCCAAUGCAGUCCCUGUCAGAGCUAUGCUGGAGUCAUCGACAGACAGGGUGGCGCUCAAUGACUACGAGGUCCGACGACUACUGAAUGCGCUGGUAAAGGAAUUCAUGCAGAUGAUGGCAGAGGAACUGGACCAACAAGUGCCUGAUGCCAACAGCUUGGAUAGACCUAUUGUCAAACGAUGCACAAGUUUGAGCACUUGUGUGGUGGGAAAGUUGUCCCAGGAAUUGCACAAAUUACAAACCGUCCAGCGCACUGACGUAGGAGCGGCAACUCCUGGCAAGAAAAGGAACAUUCUCACUGGGCUGGAAAACGAACGCUAUGCAACCCACGGAGAGCCAUUUGAAAGCGCCUAAUCGUUUGUUUUGCUGCAUGGAUCUCAAAUGCUUGAGCGAUAAAGAGCCCGAUAAAAUGCUAUGCUUCUUUUCGCCUCAAUUUAUGACACAGAAUACUAGGCAUGGACAUAAAUUAGAAUAGUACCCUAAUAAACAAUUACUUUAGCUUCAAAGUUGAUUUUCUCAUUAUAUAGUUUGAUCAUCCUUUGUGGCUAUGCAGUGUGCCAUUAAAUUGAAUGCUUCUUUGUGCAUGAAAUGGUUAUUUGUUCAAUAAACUUAUUUUUCUACCAGGAAUUAUGUUCUAUGAG